AUGAAUCGCCUAACCACUCGUCCUAUCUUCUUCUCCUCCUCAUCCUGCCUCCUCCUCCCCCGCAACCUGAACCUGAACCGCCGCCGCCUUCUCAGCACCUUCACAUCGCGACUCUUCAAGCUCCCACCACAACCACUCCAACCACCCAGCUCUUCACACCACAAUCUACCCACCUUCCUCGCGCAUACCUCCCGCAACAACAUUCCCCAAACAACAACUACCUACAUCGGCACCCACUACGAAUACACCGUCCAACAGGCCCUCCGCGCCUCCUCCUUCCACCUCCACCGCACCGGCGGGCGCUCCGACUCGGGCAUCGACCUCCUCGGCACAUGGCACCUACCAGGCCACGAGCACCCGCUGCGAGUCCUCGUACAAUGCAAAGCGAUGAAGACGAAGCUAGGUCCGAACCUAGUGCGCGAGCUCGAAGGCACGCUACGACGCCAUGCGCCGGCGGGGUGGCGCACGGGAAACCAGGUCGGCGUGCUCGUUAGUACAAGGGAGGCGACGAAGGGGGUUCGUGAUGCGUUGAGCAGGAGCGAGCAUCCGGUGCUUUGGAUGAUGGUUGAUUAUACGGGGGUGUUGAGGCAGGUUCUUUGGAAUGGGAGGGUCGAGAGGUUAGGUGUUGCGGGGGGUUUGGGGGUGGAGAUGAGGUAUUCCUCUCCUUCGUCUUCCGAAGGGUCUGUGGAUGCAAGCGAGGGGGACGGUGAGGUGAAGAAGGAGGUGGUGUUGACGUGGGACGGGGAGGAGAUGGAGCAUAUGGAUUCGGUGGAGGAGAGGAUGGCGCGGUUGGAGGCGCAGUGGAUGGCCGUUUGGGGGUUAGAUGGGGCCGGCGAUGCGAGGUAUACGCGGUCGGAUGUGCUAGAGGCCAUUGAGCAGCUGUAUCCGGCGGAGAAGCCACUUCUCUACGGGAAAGGGGGCUGCUGUUUGCUGUCGGAGGAGGAGAGGGCAAAGGUGCGCCAGCUGUUGGAGUCGAGGGCAUGGCCGGUCUGA